CAUCACCCUCAACUGUUGUUGCGACCACUGGAUCAGCAGAUACAUCAGUCCAAAUUUUCUGGUCGACUCCACAAGCAUCGGACAAUAUCUACAGAUACAAGAUCGUGUAUGUACCAUCGAGCGAUGGCGGUGAGGCAGCCUCGCUUGCUGACCCGGCAGAUGGUACCAGUGAGAUUUUCAACCUAAUUCCUGCAGUACCUUACACAUUCUUCCUGUCUUCGGUGGUCCAGAAUUUAGAGAACAACACGUUUCUCGAGAGCGAGCCUGUCAAUGCAACAUACACGAUCGACCCCACACCUGGAGAAGUCUAUGUGCUAACCAAGACCAACAGUUCGAUCACCUUCAUCUGGACCCAAGUUGGCCAGCCGUCUUUCUUUGCACUCAUUUUGACAUCUAAUGGCGAACAGAUCGGCAAUGAGGUCACGGUGUCUGGCUCUUAUCGGCCGAGUUACACGUUCGAGGGUUUACAAUCCAGUACGGAGUAUACUGUGACUGUCGACCACCAUACACAGUUCCAAACACAGACUGGUUCGUCAUUGGAGGCAUCUUACAAUGCCACCGCAACUACAAACCCAAAUCAACCUGGACCUGUCAGUAUCCUCUCCGAAGAGCGAGUAUCCCUCGUCAUCGGUCUUACAGAACCCCCUGUUCCAACAAGUUUUGAUAGCUACCUGAUAUCUUUCAGCAGGGAUGGAGUCGAUGUUGAGAUGCUCGCUGGGUCAGCUAACGCCGAUGAUGUAUCGUUUGAAAUAGAUGGUCUUUUCCCAGAUACGUCAUACACGAUCUAUGUAAGAUCAGUGUACGGUAGUGGGCCAGCUUGGAGUGUCAGUGAGCCAUCAAUAACAAAAGGAAGCACUGUAACUCCUCUUCCUGGGGAAAUUGUCAUCCUUGAGUACACAAACACCACCAUUGAAUUCUUGUGGGGAGACAGCACGAUGGAGCCGGGAUUUGUCCGUGAGGAGGUGAGCUACUCGCCGAUGACCAACUCGUCUAGUGAGGAGAUCAUCAGUGAGAGAAGGAGAAGACUGGUUGACCUGCGACCCGGGGUUCUCUAUACCAUCAACCUCAAAGUGAUAUCAUCCAGUCCCAUGGAAAACAGUACUUCACAGAGGACAAUUCCCCUGCCGCCAAAUAACCUGGAAGUGGUUGAGGAGACUCCGUUGACAAUAACCUUCAGUUGGGGUCUGGAGGACACUCAAUUGGACAAUUUUGUAAUCUUCUACAUGCUGAAUGGCGAGAGAGUUAACGUGACAGUUAACUCGGUGCUUAGGAGUUACACACUGAUGAAUCUGCAGCCUGAUACUAUGUACGACUUCAGUAUGGUGACGGUCAGCGGGGAUGAAGAAAGCGUCUCUGUUCCUGCAAGUGGAGCAACAGUUGCCCUUCCUCCAAACACCAUCCUAGCUGCGGAAACGACAGCCACAACCAUCAAUCUCUGGUUCUCCCCCAUUGUCGGCCCGACCGGUGCAUACGACGUCGAGGUUGAGGGGGUGGAUGGUCCAAACACGAUUAUCCAACCCGACGAGCUGCUGAACAUUCAGCUUACUGGCUUGUCACCGAGUACUGUGUAUGAGAUCCAGGUUAAUAGGAUGACACAGAAUUAUCGUCAGUCUGUCAGGACAAAUCCGCCAAAUCCCGGCAAUGUGACAGACGUCGAACCCGGUCGAUUCGGCGUUGAAUUCAGCUUCAGCCCUGGGGAACCUGCUGAUGCCGUCAACUUCUAUGAGAUUUACGGCGAGGAUGACGGUACUUCAAGAAUCCUGGGUAACCCCUCUUGUUGCAACCAGGUAUUGCUUGCAUCCAUUCCCGCCGCCGCUCCACUGACCUUUGAAGCUACGGGACUUAAUCCAAAUACACCUUACAUUUAUGAGAUUAGAUCUCUCCUCGACAGUGCUGGUGACUUUCCCAUGCAAAGAAGUAACCAAGUACAGCUAGUUGAAUUCACGACAGCUUCACUCCCGCUUGGCGACCUCGACGUCCGCGAGAUAACAACCACCACAAUCGACCUCAUAUGGCUCACGACAGGCUUAGAUUCACUGGCAUUCUUCAUCAGCUUCAGGCAGGCGGAUGAGACUACCUUCAACACUAGUUUUACAAGAACUGAGCCGGGGACCCAGUAUGCGGAAUACACGCUGGAGUCCCUGCUGCCCGGUGAAUUGUACACGGUUAGAAUACAGAAUGGAGAAAAUGACCUCAACGAUGAAAUCACGCAGAGAACCCGUCCUAAUUCCAUCACGCAAUUGACGACGACCACCCGCACAUCCACCAGCCUCUCUCUAGAAUGGGGUGCAGCUGACGGUGUUCUCUCCUACUAUGAAGUCGUUUACGACCCCCCAACCAUCUAUUUUCCACGACGAACCGAAGUGCAAGCAGACGAACCACUCAAUCUCACUCUUUCUGGACUGUUCCCUAAUACAACUUACACUGUUACCGUGGUAACGUGGUCUGGCACCGGUGCCGACGAAACAUCUAGCACUCCAUUCACUGGCUCGUUCCAGACAGUCCAAGAACAGCCGCUGACACUUAUCCUCUUAUUUGUCAACGAGACGCGAGCCCACUUCACCUGGGGGUUGGCUGCUGGGAUAAACACUUACAGUGUUGAGGUGACAUCCUCUGCACAAGACAGUCAGAUGACGACUCCAGUAGAGGUCCCACCCGGAGCUGCUCCUUCAUCUGUGAGUGACGAGCUGAUGCCGGGUAACUUGUAUGUUGCCAAUGUUCGAGCUGCUGGUGGAUCAGGACCUGGUCCUGACCUGCUCUUCAGAACGAAGCCGAGACCUCCCAUGGGGCUAUCGGUGGAACCUGGACCAGUAGGCUAUUUCUCCUUGCUUUUUGGAUGGGACGUGCCCGAGGAUACCAUCUUCAGCGAGUUUGAAGUCCGUAUCCGGCAAGUGGAUCAGGUCGAGACCAUGAGGUCAGAGGUCGUUGAUGGCUCUACCACAGAGCUGGUUCUCGAGGGUCUCAUCCCGGAAAUGAACUACACUGUAGAGGUGCUGACGAUCUCGAUGGGGGAGGGAUUUACAUCUGUGAGUGACCCGAUUGAUGCUAUGGGCAUGACGGAUCCAUUCCCGGACGGAACCCUGAUCGUGACUGACUACAACACCACCACCAUAACGGUCACUUGGGGCAGACAAGACGGAGUAGACUAUUUUACACAGUUGAGUGAGGUCGGUCAACAGGUGAGAGAGGAAUUUCAAGGUCGGCCCGAGGAGACGUCGGCGACUGCCACCACCUUCUCGUACACGUACACAGGCCUAGUUCCUGGGAGAAAUUAUGAUCUCAUCGUCAGAAGCACAGAUGAUAGUGCUUUUGAUGUCAUUAUCCGCGCAACCCAGAGAACUGUCCCAACACCUCCAAUGAACCCCUCGGCUGCACCACUCGGUGGAGAGAUCAUCACAGUGUCCUGGAUGGCAGCAGAGAAUGACUUGGAGUUUUACGAGGUCACCACCAUUCCUGCCCCGGAGUCUUCCAUUGUGAGCGUUCCGAGAGAUCAGCUGACGGUUGAUGUAGAAGGGUUAGAGCAAAACACAGAGUAUGUCGUCGAGAUUAGGAGUGUGAGCGGUAGCGGGGAUUCAUCUCAGAAGAGUGUUCCUGUUUCAGUAAAUGUCACUACAGAACCAAUUAUCAUGACGGUCUUUUCUGUCGUGCCCGAUGCCCUACUCAUCAGCUUCACUCCCAUUGAUGGUGUCGUGGACGGGUAUCGCUAUGGAUACCGCGCCCUUCCAUCUGGCGCAUUCAUUUACGACUCUCUGACUGCAUCUCAGGAAGAGUUUUCUAUCACCAACCUCAGGUCUGGUGCUUUGUACGAGAUAACGCUAGAUACACGUCGAGGAGUCUCCAACACAGAAGUCGACAGAAUUGUGGCCAGAACAAGACCUGUUCGCCCGAUGAUUAUUGAUUCAGCCACGGAGGUCAAUGACAAUUCAAUCACCAUAGAAUGGACAGCCCCCUCUACUGCCGAUAGCGAUUAUGAUGGAUUCCGCAUGACCUAUGACCCCGCCGAUGGGGCCUUGGAGUCCCCCCUCUCUCUGGAUAAGACAAGGACGUCUCUUACCCUGACCCGACUAGAACCGGACAGUUCAUACGAUGUCACCUUGGUGGCCGUCUCUGGCCAGGGAAGAACAGAACAGGAGAGCUUUCCUGCUGAAAUUACUGUUCAAACAGACGCUGGUGAACCGGGUGGUGUGAAUAUCAAGGAGGUAAAUGAGACUUCUAUUCGCAUCACAUGGAAUAGAGUUGGUGGCGCCAGCUAUAGCCCAACCAUUGACCCGGAUGAAGGCGAUAUGAGAAUCUUGGGUGAGAACUCAGCCAUCUUCGAAGAACUCACACCAGGUCAACUGUACACUCUGAUGACAGUGCAAACACCUGGACCCUCUGGUCCACCUACCCAACAGUAUACAGUACCAAAUCCCCCGACAGAUGUAGCCAUUUCCAGAACGACUGCCUUCGAGCUGGACAUAUCCUGGACCCCACCAUCCGUUGGGUUCUAUGACUCCUUCCGUCUGACAUACUCCCAGGUUGGAACGGAUGAUCCAAUCUCUGUGUCAGUGCCUGCCAGUGACGAACCCUCUGUGACUCUACCAGACCUGGAGCCGGAGACAUCCUAUGCUGUGUCGGUUGUUUCAGUCCGUGGGACAAUCAGCAGCGAGGCUGAUGAGACAUCAGGAACAACAGGUCGAGCGCCAGAGGGUGUUCCAAUUCUUUCAAAUCGGACAAUCAACAGUAUCUCCAUCACGUGGGCAGUAUCUACCCUUCCCUCUGCCACUGGGUACCGUCUGAUGAUUAGUACAGGUGGAGGAACGUCACCUACAGCUGAGCUCCCGCAAUCCGCCACUACCUAUACCUUUGAGAACUUGGCUUCAGGCACAAACUAUGUUAUCAGUCUACGCAUCGUUGGUUCAGUAGAAGCUCCCCAGGAAUUGGCAGUCACGACAAUUCCUCAGACUCCAGGUGCCAUUCAAAUUGAGGACACAACGCAAACUAGCAUCACAUUCUCAUGGGAAAGUGCAGCAGGGAACUUUGAUCGCUACACCAUCUACCUCUACCCCUUUACCUCGGAUCCUGUUUUCCUAGAUGAUGUCGAAAGGGGGGUGGACCUCAUGCUCUCGAAGAACUACCUUGCUCCAGGGACUUUGUACAGGAUACAGGUCUAUGCGAUAACAGGAACAACGCUCAGUGCUGUUAGUGAAAGAACAACCUCGACAGCAAUGGAGCUCCUUGUGUUCAGCCCAGUUGAUUCAUCUGGACUUGAUGUGUCAUGGCCUAAUGCACCAAACUCUCCUAACUAUGACCUUGAAUAUGUACCAUCUGAUGGUUUGCAACCAUCACCAGUAUCUACUCCAGCGGACAGUGUCCUUCUCAGUGAGCUAACGCCAGGUCAGAUCUACAACUUUGCCCUCUACUCCGGAAGCCCUGGGUCUAAUAUACAAAGGCUAGUCAGAGCAACAUAUGUUUUGGCCCCACUCACACCAACCGUUGAGAUUUCCAUCGUCUCUCCAACCACCAUCUUAAUACGGAUCACCCCAGCCACUGCUGGAGUGCUGGACUACUACAGGGUUGAUGUGGCAGCCAGGCAAUCUGCUCUUGGUGUCGGCUCGGACGGCAUGGCAAGCUUUGAAAUCCCAAGGGAGGCCUGCCCAGAGCUGUUUGUCACUGACUUGGUCCCCGGUGGAACGUACGAUGUCGAGGUGGCCGCCGUUGCCGGGGAAACCGAGAGCGAUGUUGUAACCCAGGAUUUCUCUUUAGAGCCAAUGAUGCCUGGCCAGUUAUAUGUGAACGACCGAAGCCCCACAUCCUUGGAAGUGGUCUGGGGUGCAGUCACUGAUCAGACCUUCAACAACUAUCUUCUCUUCCUGACCCUUGGGAGUGUCCAGAUCAGAGCCGAGGAAUAUCCCAGCAGUGCGGAACGAAGAGUGUCCUUCGAUGGCCUCAUCGCUGGCACAUCAUACAAUGUAGAAUUGUUUGCCGAAGGAGAAGAAGUGACAUCCCUCAGCUCUCUAGACACCUCUACAGCACCAUAUGCCCCUGCCAGUUUGUCCUUCCUGUCUGUCGAAGGUCAAGAGGUCGUGGUUGGGUGGCCUCUGGCAGACUCUUACGUUGAUUACUACGAACUCUGCUGGACCCCCUUCAACCGAACACGAAUUCUGGAGCAAAGUGUGACCCAGACCGUUUUGACACUCGACCAAUCAGAUGUGGAGUACACCAUCUCCGUGCAUUCUGUAAUCGAACGUGAAGGGACAUACCCUGUCAGGAGCGAGGCCGUCUCUCGUUUCAUCACCAUCGACGAGGGUUUGGAAGGCGAACUGAACGUGACUGAUUACGAUUCGUCGUCAAUCACCGUCGAGUGGAGCGAAGUAGUGAGUGUCGGGUUUGAAAGCUAUGGUCUCCGGGCCGUUACAGAGGGCUCAGGAGUAGCGGUAGAAAGCGAGGUACCCAUCGGGGAUCCGAGGACAUACACCUUCAUGGGCCUAAUACCCGGUGUGAGAUACACCAUCAGUAAUAUCCUGCGUGGCUCUGACCCCACUGUGACGAGGAUGGUGCACCAGAGAACUAGACCAAGCCCUGUUACUGGCCUCGUCGUGACUUCAGUGACGUCCCAAUCCAUUACCGUCACCUGGCAAGAAGUCACUCAAGGUGUUUUCAAUGACUACGUCGUCACCUACGCUCCCACUGACAACCCUACUAUGGUCAGGUUUGCCAAUCGCAUUCCUAACAGUGGUGACACAGUUACUGUCAUUGACGGGCUGCUCCCUGAUACAUCGUACCAGGUGACAGUCUACACGAGUAGUGGUAUAGGACAGGACCAGACGACAAGUACAGAAGCAUCCGUUAGCCCGACAACCACCGCCCUUCCUGAAUGCUCAAUUCAAGUAAUAGGAACCACAUUUACUGAGAUCACCGUUCAGUGGGGUUCAUGUCCCAACGUCUUUGGUAGCUACCAAUUGACCUUCGACCCCAACCCCAACGGCUUGCAGCCAGGGAACGUUCCAAUAAAUGGAGAAUUCGAAUAUACCUUCUCCAACCUGGUCCCGGGACAGAGGUACAUUGUUGGAAUCAGAGACGCCGGCGAGAGUGAACCGUACGCGACGGACGCUGUCUAUACAGAUCCCAAUGCACCCACCGUUCUGGUGGCAGCAGAGGUAACAACAUCCAGCCUUACUGUUGAGUGGACUCCUCCCGUGGGUGAAUAUGAAUCCUUCAGGCUGGAACUAAACGGCAUGAAUGGAGUGCAACAAGCCACUUUGGGAAGGGACCAGAUUGAAGAAGGCAACCAGCCUUCUUUCAUGUUUGAUUCUCUGAGGCCAGACACACCUUACACGGUCAGCAUCUGGACUGUCGUUGGAAGCGACAGCCUCGAGAAGAGCAGCGCUCCGUUGGAAGAAGAAUUCACAACAGAUGCCUUGGAACCUCGGCAGCUCUCGGUCAUCGCCGUCGGCUCGCUUUCCAUCACCGUGGUUUGGGGAGAAGUGACGGACAUCGAAUUCGCUGAGUACGUCAUCCGGUUCCAACCAUCCACCGGUAGUGCAAUUUACGAGAGGGUCCCAAGGCAUCAGGCAAGAGAAGUUACUGCAUCUGACCUACUGCCUGGCCAGCUCUAUACCAUCUCACUGCUUGCCAUUCAGGAGGAUGGUUUGCUGGAUGUUCCAUCUUUGAGUGAUAUCGAUCAGCGUACAGCUCCUCUGCCACCUUUCGACCUCGACACGCGAACUUUGCAGGAGGAUUCUAAAUAUUCCAUAAUUCUGUUGUGGACCAGGCCCCUAAGUAUCAUUGACCACUACGAGCUGACGUACAGUCCAGCCGAUGGACAGAGCGAUAGGGUGAUCACCCUGGAAUCCAGCGCCUCGGAUUACACCUUCAGGGAACUGACGCCCUCCACGACGUACCGUUUCACUAUCAAGACUGUGGCCGGUGAAGAUCCAACACAGACGGAGAGUAUGGAGGUUUUGGCGAGCCAGCGGACAUUGUCAUCCCCUCUUGGUGACCUCAUCCUACGUCGUAAGACCACCAAUUCCAUCACCGUCACUUGGGGUAUUGGGAACUUUGCUGUCGGUGUUCCUGAGGGGAACUACGUUCUGAAGAUUACACCAGGCAAUCGUGAUGUGCUCGCGACCAAUGAAGAGAGGAACGUUGAAUUCGACAUGUUGGACGCAGCAACACUCUACACCAUACAGCUUACAGAGGAUGGCAACGAGCUUAGCAACCUCACAGUACUAACAAACCCUGUUUCACCAGCAAUUUUGGGUAUCCAGUCGGAUGAGACGUCGGCUACAGUGUCUUGGAAUCGAUUUCUCGGUCACAACGUCGAUAAUUUUGAGGUGUAUUACCGCAAAGCUUCCUCCGUGGGCGAGUAUACUUUCGCAGGUGAGGUGGACGGAGAGACACAGUCGCAGAGCCUCACCGGUUUGGAUCCGUCGACAGAAUAUAAUGUCCAGGUCUUCAGCGUAGUUACAGUUGGUGAUCAGACAGCAAAAAGUGAACCAGCCGAGAUGCCAUUCACCACAGGCGCGUUCGGUCAAUUAGAGUUGAGUGUCACAGACGUCACGACCACCUCAAUCUCUCUGAUUUGGGGCACUUGGGAGGAUCGAGAAAACUUGCCUGACUUCACAAAUUAUGAACUUAGUAUCAUUCCCCGUGAUGUGGAAGAAUUGAUCCCAGGCCUGGAUGAAUUCAGAGCUACGUUUGACAGGUUGAUCCCUGGACAGGAAUACACAAUUCAGCUCAAACUGACCACUCUCGAUGAACCUGUAACUCAAAUCGUCCAGAGGACUAAACCUGGCCAGCCCUUAUCUCUUACAUCACCAAGAAGUAAUUAUACAGUGAUUGAUCUUGCCUUCGAGCCUCCAUUGGCAGGGUUUAUAGACUUCUUUAACCUCAUGUACUACGAGAUAGAUGGGAGUGAACAGACACCUAUCAUGGAAGAAUUAUUAGCUGCUGACGAGACGUCAUUCUCAGUCGAGGGAUUACAGCCAAACACAUCCUACUACUUCACUCUGACUGCUAACAGCGGAACCCCAACGGACUUCACUACAAGCCUGCCAAGAGAAGCCAUUUUCACCACCAGUGCUGUGCCAGAGCAAACAGUUGUAUCUGGCACCGUCACUUGCGACACCAUCAAGAUCUUCUGGUCGCCUGACCCCCAAGACGAUGUCCUGUACCGAAUAGCGAUUUCACCGGGCCCGUCCACCGACGAGUUCAGUCGUAUGCCAGAAUACACCUUCAUGGGACUCGACGCGGCCACCGCAUACACCAUAUCCUUGGCCGCUGUGGCGUUUAACCCAAAUUAUCGCUCUGACUAUGAUCCGCUAACUGUGCAGACCCGUCCGAAUGGUCCCGGAAGUAUUACCGUCAGCGGCACAACAACCACGACAAUCGAGAUCACGUGGGCACCACCAGUAGACGGCAAUUUUGAUGCUUAUAUCGUCUCUGUCUCAUCUGAAGGUGGUCUGCCAAGGGAGUAUGACGAAAUCCCUAGGUCGGAGGAAAGACGACUUUCUAUCACCGGACUUGAUGCUAAUGUCCUUUACACCAUUGAAAUUGAUACGGUCAUCUACGGAUCACAAAGAUUGAUAAGUUGCGAGACUACUUCUAUGGAUGCCAGGACAGUUGCCUUGGAUGAGGGCCAGAUCACAGUUACAGCCUUCACAACUAAUUCCAUCACAGUCAUCUUUGGUAAAAAAGAAGAUGCUACGGGAUACAUUGUAGCCUUGAGGAACCUCGAUGGUAACACACCAGUGGUACGGGAAGCCAACCUGCAACCUUCGGCACGCGCUCGUGUGACCUUUGACAUGCUGACUCCAGGAGUGAAUUAUGCCAUCACGCUUGACUCGGAAGGAGAGAUUGAGCAGAGGACCCGACCUGUACCGCCUAGUAUCGUCCUGACACCAACCUCCACCGUCACGUCGUUUGAAGUCGUCUGGAACCUACCACUUGGAGUCUACCAUAAUUUCCUUCUUGUAAUCACCAACCCCGAUGGCACGACUAGGCCAGAGGUUGCCCUCGGGCCAACGGACACCUCGAGGGAAGUCGAUGAGCUUCUUCCGGGAACAGUGUACUCAAUCCAGGUUUAUUCCACCGUGGGAACGGGAGAUAGCUUGAUCCGUAGUGAGCCCACUGAAGUUCAAGGAAUGACUGAAUCUCUAAGUGCGCUGGAAGUGAUCUUCAUAGACCGGACCACGGAUAGUCUAGAGGUAGCUUGGGGUGCCAGUUCCUUACCCAACCCCGGUGGGUACAGGGUUUUCUUCCACCCUGAAGGACAAACCGACACCUCACCUCUUAUCGCCCAGGAGAGAGACAUAAGAAGAGAAUCUCUUCAAGCCGGGCAGCUGUACAACGUCAGCGUCGUGCCCGUAAACUACCCAGAAGAACUUGGGACUCUGGCAGUCAGGACAAUUCCUUUUGCUGUUCGGGGUCUGGAACUGGCUGGGGAUCCAAGCUCCAUAUCAUUUGCCAUUUCUUGGAUCCAACCGGUGAGCGGGGUUUAUGAUGGCUAUGCAGUGUACAUCGCAGGCACAGACAAUGUAGAACGGCAGAUAGCCAGGAUAAGUGAUACUGAUACGACACAACUCCUUAUUGAGGACCUGGACCCGAAUCGUGCGUACAUCGUGUCCGUCUAUGCUGUUGCAGGCUUUGACCAGUCUACAGAAGUCCUCAGCGCAGUCACUAAGGCUGAUGUCUCAACUGUGUCACUUGAUCCGCUGGCAUUGGAGACGUAUUCAUUGACUGAGACGACGAUUGGUGUUGCCUUUGGACCGGCCAGUGAAGAAGACCUUGUGGGCUCUUCAGGUUACACAUUGGCAUUGACACAAGAAGGCUCAACCAUCGAGGCUAUCAACAUACCAAUUGAUGGUUCUACGAAGUAUGUCUUCACCAAUCUUAUACCAGGGACCUUAUACAUUGCACAGGUAGAGGUCAGAAACACUGAUGUUCUUUCAGAUGAAUUGGGCAUCAGAACAAUUCCUCUGCAAGCUUCCAAUUUCAGAGACACGAUGGUUACAGCAGAGGAGAUCUCGCUCUCCUGGACGCUUGCUUUGGGUAACGUUGACGGCUACGACAUCACCUACACUCCUGAGGAUGGUGAGGAAGUUACCAUGUCCGUUGAACCUGAUCAGACCAGUGCCGUUUUGAGGAACCUUGCUUCAGCCACCGAGUACAUAAUCCUGCUCAUCUCCAGGGCCGGACCAAAUACCGUUAGUGAACCUCUGGAGUUGUCUGUUACGACAAGAUCUGCCCUUCUAACCCUGCAAGCUAGCCCUGAUCCUUCAACCGACGUCGUGGUGGACUGGAACGAAGAAGCGGGAUCCGUCCAGAAGUACGUGUUGACCUAUGACCCCAGUGAUGGAGUGCCGAUCUCCCCGAUCGAGACCACGACCCCUGGCCCCGUCUCCAUCACAGGUCUGAAUCCGGGUUCGCAGUACGUCUUCACUCUCUCUACUGUCCUCACCAACAAUGUCCAGUUCUUGUCCAGUAGUGUCUCCCAUAUUACAGUCCCACAAGAGCCGGUUGAUGUAGAGAUUACAGAUGUGACGACCUCCAGCAUCACUCUGUCCUGGUCUCCACCCAGCGAAGGAGAGUUCUUCGGCUACAUCCUGAACUACAGAGGAGACGGUCUUGCUUUAGAGCUCGGUCGCACCCCUGCAACCAGUCUCUUACCAAGUUACCAGGAUUCUAUAACCCUCAAGGGCUUGACUCCGCGCAAUGAUUACAGGAUGGUAUUAGCAACAUAUGUGGAGUACGAUGGUGUGACCUACACCAGUAAUAACGUUACAACGAUUGACAGCACGUUAAUUUCAUCUGAUCUGAACAUUGUGGUCAAGUUUGUAAACCAGACAACUAUUAGAUUUGAAUGGCAGCUUGUAGUGGGAGCAGACGGCUAUGAAACAAUGGUGUUCGACCCCAUACUAGGAGGAGUGGGUUCCCCGCUAACUGUACUGAAUGGUAUCAAUGAGAGAACGGUUUCCAACUUAGUUCCCGGAAGGAAUUAUCAGAUCUCUGUUUCUGCAUCGAGAGUGGAUCAGAGUGACUCGAUACAACAGAGAACAUUACCCAAUGCACCGAGUGAUAUUAGUGUGGAGCCUGAGGCAGCAGCAUUGACCUUGUCUUGGGAUCCAGUCCCUGGAGAUGUUGACGGUUAUUAUGUCUUCUACGAGCUCGAGGACAACCCCUACCAGAUAUCAGAACUGUUUUAUGUGGAGGAUUCACCUAGUCCGAUGGUGCGAAUUACAGGAUUAAGACCUCUCACAGACUACACUUUGACUGUUACAUCAUAUUCCGGUGAAGGUAUUGAACGUGAAAUCAGCUCCACAGUUGUCGAGACUGCCACAGUUGACUACAGACCUGCCGAGAUAGUGAUCGAAGAAGUUACAACCGAAAGUAUCCGUCUCUCUUGGGGUGUGUCCACUGAUCCAGCUGCAACAGGCUAUGUCAUUGAGGUGUCUGGUGGGGAUGACGUAUCCAGCUACACCAGGGGAUUAUUCCAGCAGAAUAUUGUCAUCCCCAACCUCACACCCGGAACUUUCUACUCUGUCACAGUCACGGUGACCGGAAGCAGCGAGGAGGAUACCGCAAGUGCACUAACAGUGCCUUCUGCACCCAGGACUCUGUCUGUUGACUCUGUCUCUCAGUCCAUCGUCCAGGUGUCCUGGUCUGCAGGUGAAGGUGACUUUGACGAGUUUCAGAUAUACCUGAGGCAAGACGGUGAAUCGGAGAUGCACGUUGAGGACGUUCCUCCAUCGCAGCUCACCCAAACUUUCGAAAACCUUGAACCUGACACCAUGUAUACUGUAAGAAUUGUUUCUGUCGUGAGGUGUCAGAGUCUAGAACAGAGAAGCUUGUCUGCUGAAACUGAUUUCACUACACAACCUAGAAUCAUCAAUCUUGAGCAAACCGGAAGAAAUGUGAGGGUGUCCUGGGCCGACGAGUUUGGAGAUGACAUUCUGAAAUACCAGCUGAUCUACAUCGAGGAUGAGGUGGAUGCUACUUCUAUGUCUGUGUUCGUGGAUCCUGGGGUUGCCCCAUCGGUCACUCUGAUGAGAUUGCGGCGGGGCCAAACAUACACGUUCAUUUUGACAGCCGUCCGACUCUCCGGGAACCGAGAACAGCUGGCUUCUACCUCAUACACUCUAACACCAUCACCUCCACAGUUCACCCUUUCCAGACCCUUCCCGUCCAUCGUGAGAUUCCUUGCAAGGCUCCUUGGUGGGAGACUUAACGUCUUGCGUUUCAGGGUUGUGCUACGAGCCACUCCAGCAGGGGCUGGCACGCCCAUUAACAUCGACGUCCAAGUCCCGGCUGAUGCCUGUCCAGAAAUAGAGCUCUCCGGUCUCAUCCCUGACACCGACUACCAGGUCACUUUCGUCGCAGAGUCCGGUGCUUCCUCAAGUGAACCUGAAAUUAUUACAUUCACAACGCCUGCGGUAACUGAACAAGGACAGCUGUCAUUCGGCGAAUUGACCUCAUCCGGUUUCACAGUGUUUUGGUCACCCUUUGGUGGUCUGUCCACAUACACACUGACCAACAAUGGAGUAGAUAUUGAUGUCCCUGCGACAAGUGAUCCGGUGCAAUCUUAUGAAUUCAGCAACCUUAGCCCAAGCACACUGUACACAGUCAGUCUGGCUCAGGGAGGGACAGAAAACAUCAGAACCCGUCCCUCUGCUCCUGGUUCCUUAGUGGCAACGCAGGUCUUGGACACCAGCAUUGAGCUUUCAUGGAUCCCUUCAUUUGAUAGUAAUGUUGCUAGAUAUGAGAUAUGCUAUUCUCCCGCUGAAGAGUCUGCCUCGCCCAUUGCCGUCCCUGGAGACAGAACCACCAACCAAUACACCCUGACCGGACUUGAUCCAGACACCAUAUACAUCAUCAGCAUUGCUGCGGUCACGGAUAGCCCCGAAGUCAGGAGCGAGAAGCAAACAGUCUUUGCCACAACAAUUGCUGACACCACCAUCCCCGUGGCCAGUAACUUUGAAGUCACCACAACCCAGGCUUCAGACCAUGUCAUUGUAUUGGGCUGGGAUCUUCCUGAAAGAUCAACCUUCGACUUCUUUGAGGUGUCCUACACCCCCAACGUCGGCUCCCCGUCAUCUCCUGUCAGACUGUCCAAGACGGCGACAAGUCUGAGCAUUAUGAAUGCCCUGGCUGAUACGGUAUAUGAAUUUGAUUUAGUCAGUGUUCGAGGUGAAGAGAUGACUGACCCACCACUUACUGUCACAGGACAAAUAGACGUCGAUAACCUUAUCGUUGUUAUUGGAGAGAGGACAACCACAUCUCUAGAGGUCUUGUGGGGUGAACGUCUGGCUGUCGACGAGUACCAGGUCUUCUACGAUGGGACUCUCUUUGAAACUGUUGAUGGGAAUGAUCCUAGGAGGGUCGUUAUCACUGGCCUUUCUCCUGGAACAGAGUAUACUGUGACUGUAGCGGGCAUCGAUGCAGGGGUUCCCGUUGCAACAGACACGGAGACAGCAUCUACUUUGCAUGAACUGAACGGUCUGUCUGUGAUGGUGACUGACCAGUCGGUCUCCAUGAUCCACCUUACCCUAACUCCGCCGUUCGAAGAUCCCCAGAGGUACGACGGUUACUACGCCCGAGUACGCGUCGGUGGCUUGACCGACUUCUCGAGUCCGGUCGCGCAACGCAUCACGGUCGCGAAGUCUGCAUGCCCGGAGCUGUUGGUCAGGAACCUAGAUCCUGACACAUUGUAUGAUGUUGAGAUUGAGUGGUACAAUGGCUUGGAUAUCAGUGAGCCAUUGACGAUUUCUACCAGUACGGUUGCCGCCGCACCGCUGGAAAUAAGCGUGGUUGAGCUGGGUACCGACUCCAUGACCGUGACGUGGCAGGAAGGAACGGGAUCCUUCUCAAAUUACCUGGCCUCCUACACACCCGGCGGGUCCACUCCGACACUGAUUGCAAGGGGAGAGCCACGGGUCCUGGACCUGACAGGUCUGGUUCCUGGAACUGCCUACACCAUUACAGUCCAACAGCAAGGACAGACCUCUGCCCUUGAGACACACAUCCAACUUACGUUGCCUGAAAUGGUGAAUGGCCUAGAUGUCACCGAGUUUAAAAAUGCACUCGAUGUAACAUGGAGUGUGCCCUCUACAGGCAACUAUGAUGGAUAUAGGGUCUGUCAUUACCCAAGAGGCACUCUGAGUUCACCUUAUUCCUUGGAUGGUGUCACGUCGGUCAAUCUUCCUGGUUUAAAUACCCUCACCUACUAUUUGGUUACUGUUUCAAGUCGCAUCCUUGCAACGUAUGGGGAACCAUCCACAACCACUCGGCAGACACUGAUUGGCGAUCCCGGAGACAUCAAUAUUGCUCCCGAAGAUGUCGAGACCGAAUCGAUCAAAAUUACUUGGGUUACAGUCGAUACAAUCACAAGCUACACUGUUGGAGGCGGAUCCCAGGCUCCACAGACUGUCUCAGUUGCCUCCCAGGCGCAAGCUGAAUUCACCUUCACGGGUCUGACACCAGGCACUUCGUACACAUUCUUUGUAGAACCUCAGGGGAGUCAGAGGAGGGAGAGAGAACAAUCUACAAAGCCUGGCGCCAUAAGGAAUCUGGUCAUCGCCGUGGUUACAACCGAUUCUAUCACCAUUACAUGGGAGCGCCCUCUUACCGGUGGUGUCGACAGCUACAGAGUCAUGUACUCCCCGUCAAAUGGUAACCCCACGUCUCCCCAUACCAUAACGGAUGAUGAAAACAUCGCCCAGAGCCUCACAGUGACCGAUCUGCUUCCGUCGACCCCGUACACGUUCACCGUGGUCGCCAUUGUGGAUGAUCUGGUUAGCGAGCCGGUCAGCAGAGAGAGUGGAACUACUAUCGGCAUGGACAUUGGCGAUGACUUCACCAGCACUCAAUUCACCGUAGUUUGGAAUAUACCGACCGGGGACUUCAACCAGUUCUACGUUCGGUACACCCCAUACGAUCCAACCCACCCCAACGCGCAGCAGGAUCUGCGGAUCAUCUCUGUGAGCUCGUUGGGUGGAGCGUCCCAGGGGACUCUGCUAAUCUACGGCCUCGUGCCCGGAGAGCUGUACAACGUCAAUGUGCAGACGGGAAAGAACGGUGAACCUACUGAUGAUGGCUUUGGGACGAUAUCGUUCAGAACACCUCCAUUACCAGUGACGGAUGCCGUCGUCGUUGAGCGUGGACCAUAUUCCCUCUCCCUCGACUGGAGCGAUGUCAACUCUAUUGAUGUCGAGUACCGAAUCACGUACCAACCAGAGGAAGGAGCGCUUUUCGAAGACGCAGACGCCACGCAAGCUCUUCCGUCCAAUCAGGUGUCAGGAUCUCAAGUUGUAGCUCGAAGCUUGGCCCCCGGCAAAGAAUACAUCGUCACGAUCGAACCUGUGAGUGGAACGGGUUCCCCGGAAACUGAGCAAGCCGGGGAGGCACAGACCGUGGUUGCAUACACACAACCUCUGAGUCCUCAGAAUCUCGUUGUGACUGAUGUUGAGGUUGAGGCAUUCACUAUUUCCUGGAGCCUACCACCAGAAGUCAACUACCCAAUCGCUUACUACUUACUGGACUUGAAUCCGGACGAGCCUAUGUUUCCGUUACGUAUUAACAGCUCAAGAGAGGAAUGGGAAGUCCACGAUGGCCUUGUUUCCGGCAGGGAAUACCAAGCCACCAUGAGAUCAGUUAUCAUCGAUGCAAACAACCAGCUAAUAGCCAGUGAACCUGUCACAUCCGCAUUUUUCUUAUUAGAUCCUGUACAACCCCAGCUAUUGGUCAUAUCGUACGUCUCAACUUCAGAGCUUAGAGUGGAAUGGUCUUUGCAGAAUUCUGACUAUUCUUACUUCGAGGUGUCAUUCUCCAGCGAUUCUGCAAACAUCUUGACCACGCAAACACAAGACCGGUCACUUGUCUUGACCAAUCUGACCAUUGCAACAGAAUAUACCAUCACUAUUAGGACAUUUGUUGAAGGAGCGGAAACUGGGAUUGUGAAGUCCAGUGCUGGGUCACUUAUAUCGGUUGUCAGUACUCGUUCUGCACCACCGCAAGACUUGGUUCAGGAUGAAGUAACAAGUGAUUCCAUCACAGUUUCUUGGGGAGCACCUGACAAUGCAGUAUCUAUGUAUCAUAUCCUGGUCAAAGAUGAGGCUGGAGCAGAUGUAGAUGAUGCCACAGUAUCGUCGAGUGAAACCACAUACACUGUUGAGAACCUCAGACCGUAUACCAAAUACGUCAUCACAGUAGCAGCACAAUUCAAUGGCCUGGAUAGUGACACUAUUGAGGUUGAACAAACAACGUUCCAAGCGAAACCAUCUGAAGUGAGAGACCCAGUUGUUAUAAUAGACUCGCCCAACUCAGUGUUACUUACUUGGACACCACCUGUCUCACCGAAUGGUAUUCUCACAGCAUAUAUUGUGGAUAUUACUGGGGAAGACAUUGCUGUCCGGAAGAGGAGAGAGGCUGGAUUUUCACGUACCGAGACCUAUGGAGUUACUGUCUUUUCAGCCUUGAUUGAAAACCUUCCAACAGGAUGCACCUACACCUUCAGUAUCAGAGCAAGGAACGGUGCUGAUGAUAGCGAUAUCGUGACUGCAGGUCCAUUAGAUCUCCCGCAUACAGCACCUCCAACACCUUCUUUAGACAAUGUGGUACGUCUUGUCUCAAGGACCGGAAAGACCAUGACUGUAUCCUUUGAUAGCAGCUUCUUCAGCGAUGUGUACGGUCCUGUGUCCAGAUACGCCAUUUUGGUCGCACAGAGCUCAAGGGACACCAUACCAGCCACUCCAAAUGACCCAGUCAUCAACUGGCAAGUCAGCUCAGGUAGGCCGUACCAGGCCACACCCCUUGCCUACAAUCCCUUCACGGGUGGAAGCGCAAGGACGUCCUACACCGUCGGUUCUAACGACAGCUGCACCCUGGAUUCAGUGGGAUACUGCAAUGGGCGCGUGGUUCCACUCAGCGAUUACAGGUUUGCCAUACGUGCCUACGGGUCCGAUGGAAAGUUUACCGACACUACAUGGUCACCGGCCUAUAACUCAGGUUUUGAUAUAGAUUGGUUUGUGGCUGCUAUUGUUGUCAUCAUCGUCAUCACUCUGGUUCUCUUGCUUGUAAUGCUCCUCAUUGCUCGGCAAUGCUGCGGUGAGCCAAGAAAUAAUGCCAUGUAUGAGCAAGGUAAUCGUCAGAGACUUCCCCUGGUGAAUGCUGCCUACCCCACGUCGCAGGGAUUCCAAGACACAAUGCACAAAGCACCGCUCCCUGACGACACCUUAAUAAGGAUGACCCCGAUCCCCGCCAGGGAGAACCCGUACGUCAGUAUGAGGGAUGACCGACCCAAGGCCCCGCUUCCUCAAUCUCUGCCGCCUCCGGUCUCUAACGCUGUGCAGAUCAAGAACUUUUCAAACCAUAUUGAUAUGAUGAGUCGCAACAUGAAUGCUGGAUUUGUUGAGGAGUACAACUCUCUUUCAAAUGUGGGCCGAGAUAAGAGCACUGAGGCUUCCAGGCUUCCUGUCAAUGCCAGCAAGAACAGAUACAGAAACAUCUUACCAUUCGAUGAGACCGCUGUUCAUCUGCAAGAUUUAGAAGAAGGUCAGACCAGUGAUUACAUCAAUGCUAACUACAUCCAGGGCUUACACUCUGCCAAGGAAUACAUUGCCACCCAAGGUCCCGUACCUGACUCCAUCAACGACUUCUGGGAGAUGGUGUUUGAGAAUCAGAGCACGACCAUUGCCAUGAUCACUGGCCUUGUGGAAGGAGGAAAGACCAAGUGCGAACACUACUGGCCUGAUGAGCUGAACGCGCCGGUCAUGUACGGCGGCGUGACGGUCACCAUGACGAACUCUCAGGAGAUGGCCAAUUGGACGGUCAGAUCAUUCAUUCUGGAGAAGGGCCAGAACCAGUUUGAGACCCGGCAGUAUGCCUUCCGAGGCUGGGUUGAUCAUGACGUACCCAACAACGUGCAUCCCAUGAUUGAGUUUAUCAAGACCAUUACUGUUGCUCAUGACAGGAAUAGGGGGCCCAUUGUCAUACAUUGCAGUGCUGGCAUCGGUCGGACCGGCGUCUUCAUUGCCCUGCAUCGACUCGUCAAGGAAGUCGAAAAUUCCAAACGUAAUGACUACGUCGAUGUUUGCGGCACCGUGGCUCGUAUGAGAGAGCAACGUUUCAACAUGGUCCAGACAGUAAAACAAUACAUAUUCAUCCAUCAUUGUGUUAAUACUCUUAUCCAACGGAUGAUGUAAACAAGUGGCAAGAACAGUGUGGUGAGCAGGUUUCUAUGGAUUUACUCGUUCCAUUUAACUUUUUUAAGACAGUAAAAUCAUCUGGUACAGUCAACCUGCAGUAACAACCACCUGUAUAGAAGGACUUCCUCAAUUUUCUCCCAAUACAGUUCUCUGUUUGAAUAUGUAUUAAAAGAAUCUGACAAUAUAAACCACCUGGUCAUAAAGACUUAAUUUCUUGUCUCCCUUUCCCCUUAUACAAUGCUCUGUUUAUAUACAUUAUGAGACACAAUCAUUCAUGAAAUGAAUGAUUAUAUAUAUGUGUACCCAUAAUAAUUGGUAACAUUAAUUCCAUUUGUACUUUAUAUUUUUGUAUUAUGUGAUGUAAUCAAUCUUUUGGAUAGUUUAUAUUUGUGUAUAUUUCAAGAAAAGGAAGACUUGGUAUAUAUGUAUGUAUGUACUUUGAAAAGUACAAUAUAGUCUUUCACCCUCACAGAAUGAAAUAACAUGUCUUUCGUGUUACUGAAAUAAGAUAUGAAUAACGACAGUUUACAAUUAUAUAAUGUGAUAUACAAUCGAUUUAUCUCUAUUUUUAUAGAUUAUCUGUUUUUUGUUUGUUUUGUUUUUUUAUCUGUACACUAAAUUGGUGAUGGGAAUAUAAAUUUUGACAUUUUAUUUAAAAUGUAUACCCUAAAAUAAACAACGUAAUAAGGUCAAAAGUCGAAUCAGCUUUUAAACCAAUGUUAACAUUUCAUCAGCUUUUAAAAAGUGUUGGAAUUCUAGUGAUUUGAUGUGUUUUGUGUUUCUUUUAUAAAAAUGAGAAUCUACAAUUUUGGCUGCCUGCCUGAAAGAUGUUUUUUAUCAGUAAGCUGAAGAAAUGGCUUACAUGCACAAACAACACGUUGUGACAGUCACAAGUUACAUGUACCUUAAAUA